AUGUCCAGGGUCCUCACCCCGAGGCCCAGGCCCUCCCCCGGAAACGGGACUCUGUACGAACAUUACAGCUACGUGGGCAAGCUGGCCGGCCGGCUGGCGGAUGCCCCCGAGGGCAGUGCCCUCACCACCGUGCUGUUCUUGGUGCUCUGCAGCUUCAUCGUCCUGGAGAACCUGAUGGUUCUGAUCGCCAUCUGGAAGAACAAGAAGCUUCACAACCGCAUGUACUUCUUCAUCAGCAACCUGGCUCUCUGCGACCUCCUGGCCGGCGUCGCCUACAAGGUCAACAUCCUGAUGUCGGGCAAGAGGACGCUGAGCCUGUCUCCCACGGUCUGGUUCCUGCGAGAAGGCAGCAUGUUCGUGGCCCUUGGGGCAUCCACCUGCAGCCUCCUGGCCAUCGCCAUCGAGCGGCACCUGACCAUGAUCAAGAUGAGGCCGUACAACGCCAAUAAGAAGCACCGCGUCUUCCUGCUCAUCGGCAUGUGCUGGCUCAUCGCGCUCUCGCUGGGAGCCCUGCCCAUCCUGGGCUGGAACUGCCUGCACAACCUCCCCGACUGCUCCACCAUCCUGCCCCUCUACUCCAAGAAGUACAUCGCCUUCUGCGUCAGCGUCUUCACCGCCAUCCUGGCGGCCAUCGUGAUCCUGUACGCGCGCAUCUACUGCCUGGUGCGGUCCAGCAGCCGCCGCGUGGCCAGCCCCCUGCACUCGGAGCGCUCCAUGGCCCUGCUCCGCACCGUGGUCAUCGUGGUGACCGUGUUCAUCGCCUGCUGGUCGCCGCUCUUCGUCCUCUUCCUCGCCGACGUGGCCUGCAGAGUGAAGGAGUGCGCCGUCCUGUUCAAGGACAAGUGGUUCAUCGUGCUGGCCGUGCUCAACUCUGCCAUGAACCCCGUCAUCUACACGCUGGCCAGCAAGGAGAUGCGGCGAGCCUUCUUCCGGCUCGUCUGCCACUGCCUGGUCCCGGCCCGGGGCACCCACUCCCUGCCCAUCCAGCUCGCCCUCGACCCGAGCAAGAGCAAGUCCAGCGGCAGCAACAGCAGCCCCUCCCCGAAGAGCAAGGAAGACAUGACCCAGACGACCCCCUCCCCAUGCCUAACCGACAGGAACAAAACCCUGCAGAACGGGCUCCUCUGCAAGUGA